AUGGCGACCAGCGCCCUUGACAAUGUCAACACCGAGGCACUCAGUCAGUCGGUACACAACCGCAUCGUACCACUAGGAUGGACUCAAGACGACGAUACUUCGCUCGCCGAAUACAUUGUGUUGAUGCUGGCUAACGGCAAGACACAAUCACAAGUCGCUGCUGAGCUCUCUGGCGAGCUGCUCCAGGACGUCGAAGGCACCGACGAGUUCGCCGCAUGGCUCUUUCAACAGAUCAAUCCAAGCAGUGGCGAACAGACAUCUGCACCAGAAACCGCUCCACAACCCGCUGAGGCCGGUGCGCCGGCAGCAUCACAACCCGCACAAGAGUCCGUCGCUGAGGUCUCGAUACCUGCCGCAUACGAGGCAGAUAUGACAGAGGCCCCUCCAGACAACGCGUAUGGCGCUCUCAGAGACUCAUACAAUCCAGUCGCUAACAAGUACUACAGUCCCAAAGGCCCAAGAGGUUCCAACAGUAGUACGAGAGGCGGCCGCGGCGCUGGCCGUGGCUCAAACAACAGAGGCUCCGAUGCUGCGCUACAUCGAGUUCGAGGGAACGAUCGGAUAGGAUCUCACAACGUCCGUGGCGCACCGAAAGGUCCACGAGGCCUUCAAAAUCGGCCGGGCAUGCAGAAGGCUCUGAACGGGGUACUCGGUGGCUCUCCACAAGGGUCACCGCGCAAUAUGGCUCAGAACGGCAUGCCAGACCCGCAGCAAAUGAUGAACUUCUCUCCGGAGCAACAAAUGCAGUACCUCGCCAUGAUGGAACAGCAAGCGCGUCUGAUGGCUCAGUGGAACGAACUACAGAACGGCAUGAACGGCAACCCACAAUCGAGGUCAAUGUUCGACCGCGUCGAAUCUCCACGUGGUCGAGGGGGCAUGCGUGGUCGUGGACGUGGAAAUUUCCAACAGAACGGCUCCCGAAAUGGUUCAAUUGCGCCAAGUGAGCCGAAACCAGAGGGCGAAGCACCAGCUGAUGGCGCCACGGAUGCUACAAUGGAAGGCGUUGACCAGGCUCCCGCAAAGACGAACGACCCUGCCACGACUAUGUGUCACUGGAACCUGCAAUGCACCAACAAGGAGUGCAAGUUUGCUCAUCAAUCACCCGUGGCGCCCAUGAACAUACCAGUCGACGUCUCACAAGCCUGCACCUUUGGUGUGGCAUGCAAGAACACGACAUGCAACUUGAGACAUCCUUCACCAGCCUUGAAGAAGGAUCAUCAAGCUCAGUCCGAGUGCAAGUUCUACCCGAAUUGCACCAAGUUCAAUUGCCCAUUCAAACACCCUGAACAGCCGGUCUGUUCAUAUGGCGCAAGCUGCAAGAAUGCCAAUUGCAAGUUCACUCAUCUGCAGACUUUGUGCAAGUUCAACCCAUGUACGAACACGAAGUGCCCUUUCCGCCAUGCCGCAGGUCAGAAUCGAACGAUGGCCGACUAUUCAUGGACACCGGAGCUGGCCAAACAGAGAGAAGAGGCGAAGGCUGCCGAGCUGGAGAAGCAGCACGUUAGUGAUCGAAAGUUCGUGUCAGAAGAGGCUGGCGAGGAGGAGUUGAUCAAGCCUGAUAGCGGAAUGGCCGUUGAAGAGACUGCUCAGCCUGCUGCAGUCGAGGAGACCAUCACAUAG